CGCUGGCUCAGGGUGCCAGCGACAGUAGAGAGACUCCAGUCACAAAGAAGGGGCCACAAGACUUGAGUGACUAUAUUUGAACAACUGCAUUGGACACCCCGAAGACUUUGCAUUUGGUUCCCCUCAGGCGAUGGACAGCAGGAUCAGACCGCUUGGCCUCGCUGGGCACACCACCAACGCGCUCGGUGGCUUGCAGGUGCCCCCUUCCCUCCUGCGCCCUCCGCCUCUCUUCCUCCGGGCUUGUAAUCCCGCGCUGGAGAGGGGAUAUCCCCGCACCCCGAAGUGCGCCAGAUGCAGGAACCACGGUGUGGUUUCCGCGCUGAAAGGCCACAAGCGCUUUUGUCGGUGGAGAGACUGCGUGUGCGCAAAGUGCACUCUAAUAGCGGAGAGGCAGCGGGUAAUGGCCGCGCAGGUGGCACUGAGGAGGCAGCAGGCUCAGGAGGAGAGCGAGGCCCGGGAACUCCGGCUAUUUUACCCCGGGUCGGGGAUCGCAGGUGAAACAGUGAUCCCUCAGGGGUCACCUGUAGGCCCCGGGGUGCCAGCAAGUACCAGCAGCACUCCAACAACUCCCAGUUUUGAUGUUUUUGGAACAGAGAACCAAAAAGAUGAUGACAAACUGAGCAAGUACAAUUUUUAUAAUGGAUUAAUGGGUCGACCCCUAUUUGCACCCCACACCACACGGCUGCCCUCUCCAAGUAGCAAAAAAGAGUUGUCUCCAAGCAAAAACAACACCACUCCAUUAACUGACGACAGCGCAAGUCCGUCUCCGGUGUUUGAUCAGCACUCAGACAACACAGAGAGUCCGCAGAGGUCGCUUUCCUCCUCGGACCCGGAGUCAGGGAGUGAGACGGAGAAACCCAAGGACUACCCGAGCCUGGACCGCGACCCCACCGAUAUCAUGACCAGGAUCUUCCCACAUCAGAAAAGGGACACUCUGGAGUCUAUGGUGAGAACGUGCAGAGGUGACAUUGUCAAAUCCAUUGAACUGGUGUUGAGUUCCAAAGAAAACAAAAUUGACUCCGAUAGCUUGUCUCUAUCUAAUCACUCAAACGCGCUCAGGCCUUCAGUCGGAUUGCCUGGAGCGAUUGGUGCACUGGGGAGCAAAUCAGCCUUUUCCCCCCUCCACAUGCCACCGCCGGCCGCCGGGGGAGACAGUCUGUACGGUCUCAGCCCUCGCCUCGGUGUCAGCCCUCUACGGCUGGCCUAUUCCUCUGCAAACGGCGGUAUGGCAGGUUUUAUGUCACCUUACAUGACAUCCGGACUGAUGCCAGUGUUUCCACUGCGUCCACCCCUGGACUCAUAUUCUUUUCCUGGCAUGAUCCGUGACCUGUCUUACCUACAGAGCAAGGAGUCUCUAUGCAAUACAGGCCUUUACACGCGGCUUAACAAUGAAAAAUGACAAAUUAAAAAGCUGCUCAUGAAAAUGUUAUUUCUUUAAUGUUAUUGUAAAUUGGCUUUCAGCUUUACCUUUAAAUCGCUUUUCAAGUGCCUCAAACAAAUUGUUAAAGUGCUGAAACACUGCACUACUAUUCAAGUUUGUUUAUGGUGUACAUUUUGUAAAGUUUUUUUUAUUUUUAAUAAAACCAUUAAAAGGUG